AUGCCCCCUCUCAACAUUGGCAUCGUCGGCGCCGGCAUCCAGAUGACGCCCAACGUGUCGGUGCUGCUGCAGCGCUGGGGCGUCGACAAGGAAAUCGCCGACAACCUCGUGCGCUUCGAGGAGCUCAACAUGCGGCGCAAGGACGGCACGCCCGUCGGCCACACGAAGAUUGCCACGCUCGAGCGGACGCUCAACCGGCCGUGGUGGGUCGUACACCGCGCGCACCUGCACGCGGGCCUGGUCGAGGUGGCCGAGCGGCUGGGCGUCACGCUGCUGGUAGACGCGGCGGUCACGGCGCUGGCGUACGCGGACAGCCCAUCGGUGACGGUGGCGUCCCGCGCCGGCACGUUUGUGUUCGACCUGGUCGUCGGCGCGGACGGCGUCAACAGCACCACGCGCCAGGCCCUCUUCCCCGACGCGGCGCCCGAGCCGCCGACGACCAACGGCGCGUACCGCGCCGUCGUGCCGUACGAGCAGAUCCGCAAGGACCCUGUGGCGCGCGCGCUCGUCGAGAAGCCGACCAUGGAGGUCUGGAUGGCCGACAACGCCUACAUCAUCACGUACCCCAUCUGCGCCGGCACCAUGUUCAACCUCGUGCUGUCGCACCACCGCCCCGAGAAGCUGCGCGCGACGCAGCACGACGUGCCCCUCGCCGAGCUGCGCGACGAGUACAGGGACUUUGACCCGCGCAUCCGCCGCAUCGUCGGCAUGAUCGACCGCACCGCGCGCUGGCCGCUGCUGGUCGCCGGCCCGCUGCCGUCGUCGUCCUCGCCGCGCAAGAACGUCGUCCUCGCCGGCGACGCCGCCCACGCCAUGGUCAACCACAUGGCCCAGGGCGCCGCCACCGCCAUGGAGGACGGCGCGUUUCUGGGCACGUGCAUCGCCGCCGUCGUCGCGGGCCGGCUGCCGCUCGACGCCGCCGUCGGCCUCUACGAGCGCGAGCGCAUGCCCAAGGCCUUUGCCAAGCAGCAGGUGUCCUUUCUCAACGGCGCCAUCUGGCACCUGCCCGACGGCCCCGCCCAGCAGGCGCGCGACGCCGCCAUGGCGCCCGAGCUGCAGGGCCAGUACUUUGUCAAGAGCAGCAACCUCUACGGCGACCCCAAGACCGUCCUCGACGUCUACGGCUACGACGCCGACAAGCACGCCGCCACGGCGCUGGCGGCGCUGCUCAACGGCGGCCGCGAGCCCGUGGACGCCAGCACGGGCAUUGCCCCGUCGCUCGAGGACGAGUAUGUCAACUGGUUCCAGGCCGAGGCGGCCAAGUUGUGA